GUGUUGAUGUAUGUCGUUUCUCUCUUCACUCGGGUUCACGGACGGGUUUCCAUUUUCACGGUUGGAUUCAACCAGAACAACAAUAAUAUGGAUCCGGAAAUGGAGGACAAAACCCUGGAGCUGAUGUGUUCUUUGCCUCGUUCUGUCUGGCUGGGUUGUUCGUCGGUGGCAGAGAGUCUGUGUGCUCUCAGAUGCCUGCAGAGCCUUCCCUCCUCCCGCGCACACAACCAGAACAUGUCAGUAAUGGAGUCACAGAAUAACACGGAUGACAUCUCGCCAAAGAAGACAACAGUGUUCAAGUUAGGGAACGGGUCAGUGGCGGGAUCUAGAAAGAGGCCGUCUCAGGGGAACUACGAGAAGGAGAAAGACCUGUGCAUCCAGCUGUUUGAUCAGUGGUCAGAGUAUGAUCAGGUGGAGUUCGUGGAGCAUCUCAUCUCACACAUGUGUCAUUACCAGCACGGCCAUAUAAACUCGUACCUUAAACCCAUGUUACAGAGAGACUUCAUCACCACGUUGCCAGCUCAGGGUCUGGAUCACAUAGCGGAGAACAUCCUCUCGUUUCUAGACGCUCGUUCUCUGUGCUCAGCUGAGCUGGUCUGUCGAGAAUGGCAGCGGGUCAUAUCAGACGGGAUGCUCUGGAAGAAGCUCAUCGAGAGGAUGGUGCGCACGGACCCGCUGUGGAAAGGCCUGUCAGAGCGGCAUCAGUGGGAGAAAUAUUUAUUUAAGAACCGAACAAACGAGGUCCCACCCAAUUCAUACUACCAUUCACUCUAUCCCAAAAUUAUACAGGACAUUGAGACGAUUGAGGCGAACUGGCGUUGUGGGCGUCACAAUCUUCAGCGGAUUCAGUGCCGGUCAGAAAACAGUAAAGGUGUUUACUGCCUUCAGUACGACGAUGAUAAGAUCAUCAGCGGCCUACGAGACAACUCCAUUAAAAUCUGGGACAAACAGUCUCUGGAGUGUCUGAAGGUUCUGACGGGUCACACUGGUUCGGUUCUGUGUCUGCAGUAUGAUGACAGAGUCAUAGUGACGGGCUCCUCUGAUUCUACUAUCAGGGUGUGGGACGUUGGUUCUGGUGAGGUUCUCAACACUCUGAUCCAUCAUAACGAGGCGGUUCUGCACCUGCGCUUCUGUAACGGGCUCAUGGUGACGUGUUCGAAAGAUCGCUCCAUCGCUGUGUGGGACAUGGCGUCCGCCACCGACAUCAGUCUGCGCCGCGUGCUCGUGGGUCACCGCGCUGCUGUCAACGUAGUGGACUUUGACGACAAAUACAUCGUGUCUGCGUCUGGAGACAGAACCAUAAAGGUGUGGAGCACCAGCACUUGCGAGUUUGUACGGACACUUAACGGUCACAAGCGCGGCAUCGCCUGCCUUCAGUACAGAGACAGACUCGUGGUCAGCGGGUCUUCGGACAACACCAUCAGACUGUGGGACAUUGAGUGUGGUGCUUGUCUGCGUGUGUUGGAGGGUCAUGAGGAGCUCGUGCGCUGCAUCAGAUUCGACAACAAGAGGAUCGUGAGCGGAGCGUAUGAUGGGAAAAUUAAAGUUUGGGAUUUACAGGCAGCUCUGGAUCCUCGGGCCCCUGCCAGCACAUUAUGUCUGCGCACACUCGUGGAGCAUUCUGGGCGUGUGUUCCGACUGCAGUUUGAUGAGUUCCAGAUUAUAAGCAGUUCCCAUGAUGACACAAUCCUUAUAUGGGACUUCCUGAAUGUCUCCACCAAUGGACAGUCAGAGGGGCGAUCGCCCUCGCGGACAUACACGUGCCUCUUCUAUGUGCCAGUGUGUCCUGGGAGAGCUGAGAGCUGAUUGGUUGUUGGCCGUGUCAAUCACAGAAUCGUGCCUCCUCUUCUCUUUCCUACACAGAUCCAUGCUUUGCCAAACAGACACAUGCUGCUCUAAAGAUUCAAAACACUGUUCUGCUUUAUCUAGUGGGAAAAAGAAGCACAAUGACACACACACACACAGAUGUUGACCGCUUCAAAACUUAUCUGUACUACGACUGCUGCUCAAAUAACCCGAAAACAUCUCAUACUCACAAGCUCUGCACUACUAACAGCUUAUUUCCACACAAGGAUCACUGUGUUAUAGAGAAGCUGGGAUUCUGGGAGUGACGUACGGAUGAUGGACAGGGAAAUGAGACUUUUCCGAUCAGCUGUGUGAGAGAAAGAGACUCUCGCGGGAAUAAAAGAAAAGAGAGUGGUGAUGGUUAAGGACGCCUGUUGCCUUUUCUGCCCACUCGCCGUUGUUUUCAUGCCUCUUCAGGACACGGGACACUUGUUUUUCAGGAUGGCGGUGUGGAGCGCGGGUCCGUCAGCAUGCAUGACUGUCUGCUCUGAUGCCUCUUCCCCUUUUGUCUUUAGUUUUUUUAUGAUUUCGUUGUUCUAUUUAAUUGGCCUCAUCUUUUCAGUCUGGUUCUGCUAGGCAUUGUAUGUCCGUGUCACUCAAUGUCUGGUUUCUUUUUCUCUCUGCCUGCUUGCUCAUCGAGGGCUGAAUCUAGUUGUAAACAGAAUUGUCUUGUCAGAUUGUGUUGUAUAUUAAAAAGAGAGAGUUUUUUAAGAAAAAAUAUUAUGAAUAAAGUACUUGACCAUG